UGGCCGACAACACAAAACUAGAGCUUCCUCCUGCCCCUCCGUCCGGCGACAAGGCCGUCGCUUAAUUUACCAAUCGCUUCACGUUAAGACCUACGAUUUCCCCACCGUUGUCAGCAAUAUUGCCAUAUUAUUUAUAUUCCUCCCUCGUGUCUCUCUUCUCUGGUGUUGGCUGGGUCAUAUCAUUUCAGGAUGCAUGGUAUAGAGGUUUUCGAUUCAUGCUUCGAUCCCUUCUCACAAAAGAUGUGUUUUUGAGAAAAAAAGGGUUUUGCCGGCGAUUUUGGAUUGCACAGCCUUGCAUCCUUGUGUAUUUCUGCUUUGUCGGAGGCGAACAAAAAAAGAGACGUCUCGGCACUCAUCUUCGGUUCUUCCAGAGAUGUAUUUUCAUUUUUUCUUGUACAUUAACAUGCAAAUCUUACAGGUGUAAUGUGAUAUCCUUAAACUUAACUCAGUUCAUACACUACUUCAUGCAGGAGGAAAACCUCAAGCCGGCAAUUACUCGGGGAUCUAGAGGCGACUAAUUACAUCCAUCAUAUUAUGACAUCUCCGCCAUACCCGAUAAGCUCU